AUGUUUACGAGCAACUCUUUCGCCAUCCACUUCCUACUUCUACCGCUGAUAGCUUUUUCGGUGCUCUCCGCUGGAAAAUCUCUUCCUCCGCAGGUACUAAGUUGGUCAUCAAAAACCUACGGCCCAAAUGGACCGUGGAACGCAAUCACAAUAUCCAUUGGGUCUUCACCGUCUUCUCCUCCCCAGGCAGUUGAUCUUCUCCCAGGAGGUCAAUGGAUGACAAAUGUUAUAUCCCCCUCUGUUUGUGCUGCCAACACUGAUGCUUGCGGGAUCCCGAAAUCAGCUGGAUUUUACGACCAGAAUUCGUCCGAUUCAGUCACCUCCAUCAGCAACACUGGUCAAAUUUAUCCGAAUACGCAAAUGGCUAGUGUAACGGGUGCUCUACCGUCGCUGACUGGGGAAGCUUUUUGGAUGUUCGACACGAUUGCCUUUUCUGCAAGACCGGGCACCGGAGGAGAACCCGGCGCUGUGGUCAUCGCCAAUUUCGACCUCCUGGUGCUCGCCGAAGCAUUAGAAGAGCUUCCUGACGGAACAAAGUAUCCUGUGCAGGUUGGGAAACUAGCAUUGGGAGCACCACAUUUCAAUCAAACCUGGUCCCACAUCCCUGAUCCAGUUCCAUGGAACGGAACCCUUCUAACAAGCGCAUUGUUCGGGUCAGGUCGAACUUCCUCAAACUCUUAUGGGAUGCAUUUGGGAUCAGCAGCAUUGGGCAUACCAGGAUCAUUGAAUCUAGGCGGUUACGAUCAGAAUCGAGUUUUGGGACCGGUCUCAAGUCAACCAUAUACACUGGAUCACUUCCCGAUCGACUUACUUGAUAUUGGGAUCGGGGUAGCCGAAGGGGAAUCGCCAUACAGUUUCACAAAACAAUCUGGACUGCUAGCCGCUGGGAACUCGUCCAUUGGCGUUGCAAUGACUGUGUUUGUCGAAGCAACCGUGCCUUACAUUUACUUGCCCCAAAGUGCGUGUGAUGCCAUAACGAAGAACCUCCCCGUCAUCUUCAAGCCGAACUUGGGGCUAUACCUUUGGGAUACAACUAGUCCCAGAUACCAGUCAAUUGUAUCAUCACCAGCUUUUCUCUCUUUUACAUUUCGUCUCAGCAAUAGCGUAUCCCAAAAUCUCACCAUCAACGUUCCUUUCGCACUUCUCAACUUGACUUUGACGGCUCCGAUACUCAGUCAACCAGCACCUUACUUUCCUUUGCGGCCAGACCAGGGCCCAAGCUCGAGUUUCACGCUGGGGAGAGCAUUUAUGCAAGCGGCUUUUGUUGGAGUUAAUUGGCAAGAUGAUGUCGAAGGCAACGGCCUCUGGUUUCUUGCUCAAGCCCCUGGACCAAACACCCCAUCGAAUCCCACGCCCGUGGCCAUAUCUCCUACGGAUAAUACUAUUACGGCGUCUACGGUAGAUUGGAAAGAUACGUGGAAAGGGACAUGGAAGUUGGUGGAAUCGCCCAGUAACACGACAACCAGCGGUAACUCGACAUCGGGUAGCAGUAGCGAAUCACCUUCGAGUACUCCAAGUGCGCCUAAGAGUCCAAGACUUUCGAAGGGAGCUAUUGCUGGUAUAGCAAUCGCUGUCGUUUUGGGGUUAGCGGGAGCUGUCGGGGUGGCUUUUUUCAUUUGGAGACGUCAACGCAAGAACUCUAAACCAAAACCGCAGUUAUCAACUAACGGACCAGACCCAUUGGGAGAAGCACCUCCUAGAUUCCCGACAUCGCGUGAGGAGUAUAGAUCUUCGGGGUAUGGCCCUCGUGAGUUGGAUGCAGGGAAUGAAUCUUUCCACAAACCUUACAAACCGGAGCCAUCCAGUGAGUCGGAUUUGGGCAAUGGAGCGCAUCAGCAAAGUCUACGGGCUACUACUCCCGGGAGUUUCCCAAUUGAAAUGGCUGGAUGA